GGACCAGAUCUGAGCCCAGGUCCUCCAGCUCCUGACAUCGCAACUAAACUAAUGGGAGAGGGAAAACAGUUCUGUCUGCUCGUUUGGGACGCUUUGUUCUCUAGUGUUGCCUGUGCCUACCGGUGGAUUGGAAAAAAAAAAAAAAGAGAGAGACAACCGGAAAAUCGUCAUUCGAGGGUCAAAGGAAAAAAGAAAACAUAAAAGUUGAUUCUAGAAGGUAGGAAAGGGAGGGGAAGCGCUACUGCUCCAAGGUAGGUGAGGCGGCUAUGAAGGAAAAGAGGGUCCCUGGGAAAGGGGAAGGUUACCGAUGGGGAGGCGCGGCCUUGCCUGGCCUUAACUCAGGUUGCUAGCCUGGUUCACCCGAUGGAGGAAGAGAAAAGAGGGCGGGUGUGGAAGAAUAUCAAGUGACGCCUAAAAAAACUGGACUCUAGCUAGAGAGGUGAGCCCAGGAAGAUGGAAAACUGCCUGCCUGAUGGUUAUAUUGUUGACUUAUUUCAUGGAAUGUUUAAUGAAUCCUUUUGUUGGGAUAUAUUGGGAAGAAGUGGGCUACACAAGACAGGCAUUGGGACACUGAUGAGAACAACGUGAGUAACCGGAAUGUUUGAUCUAAAUCAGAACUGUGGUGUCAUAUCUCCUUGGCUGAAUCUACCCCUGUGUACCUCUAGGCCUGUGGUCCCUGCCUGUGCUGAGUGAUUAUGUUGUUGGUACUUAUGGAGCCGGCUGCCUCCCUGCACUUCUCCCUGCCAGCUUCCUUUCUCCUCCCCAUCCUCAGCCUGCUUGCACUGGUCUCAGCUCAGUUAACUGUCAAGGGACCAGCUGAUCCAAUCCUGGCCAUGGUGGGAGAAAACAUCACAUUACACUGCCACCUGUCCCCAGAGAAAAAUGCCGAAGACAUGGAGGUGCGGUGGUUCCGGACUCAGUUCUCCCCAGCAGUGCUGGCUUAUAAGGGCAGGCAAGAGAGAACAGAGGAGCAGAUGGAGGAGUACCGAGGAAGAACUACCCUUGUGAGCAAAGACAUCAGUAGAGGCAGCGUAGCGCUGGUCAUACACAAUGUCACAGCCCAGGACAAUGGCAUCUACCGCUGUUACUUCCAAGAAGGCAGGUCCUAUGACGAGGCCAUCAUGCGCCUUGUGGUUGCAGGUCUGGGCUCUCAGCCCCUUGUUGAAAUGAAGGGACAUGAGGAUGGCGGCAUCCGGCUGGAGUGCACAUCCGGAGGGUGGUAUCCAGAGCCCCUGGCAGUGUGGAGGGACCCCUAUCAUAAGGUCAUACCAGCCCUAGAUGGGGCUCACACUGCUGAUGCAGACGGCUUCUUCCUGGUGAAAAUGGCUGUGAUCAUCAGAGAUAAAUCCGUGAGGAAUAUGUCCUGCUCUGUCAAUAAUACCUUGCUCGGCCAGGAAAAGGAAACUGUGAUUUUCAUUCCAGAAUCCUUUAUGCCCAGCAUAUCUCCCUGGGUUGUGAUCUUAGCUCUCAUCCUGGCUGUUCUCAUCACCCUCAUGGCUAUAAGCAUCUAUUACAUCAAGAAACUCCAGAGGGAAAAAAUGAUUUUGUUAGGGGCAAAGGAGGAGGAACUGGAAGAGAAAGAAAUUGCCCAGGAGGAAUUAUAUAAAGAACGUGCAGGAAAAGAGCAAGAAAAUCAAAUAAAAGAGCAACUUCAAGAAGAAUUGCCUGAUGUGGUCUUGGACCCAGACACAGCUCAUCCUAAGCUCUUCCUGUCUGAGGACCGGAGAAGUGUGAGACGCGGCCCUUCCCGCCAGAGUGUGCCUGACAACCGUGAGAGGUUUGACUGUCGGCCUUGUGUCCUGGGCCGGGAGAGCUUCACCUCAGGAAAACAUUACUGGGAGGUAGAUGUUGAAAACAUGGAGAUGUGGACAGUGGGUGUUUGUAGAGACAGUGUUGAGAGGAAAGGGGAGGGCUUGCUGCUUCCUCAGAAUGGCUUCUGGACCCUGGAGAUGUUUGAAAACCAGUACCGGGCCCUGUCCUCCCCUGAGAGGAUUCUCCCUCUGAGAGAGCGUCUUUGCAGAGUGGGCGUCUUUCUGGACUAUGAAGGUGGAGAUAUCUCCUUCUACAACAUGAGAGACAGAUCACACCUCUACACAUGUCCCCGUUCAGCCUUUGCUGGCCCCCUGAGGCCCUUCUUCAGGCUGGGGUCUGAUGACAGCCCCCUGUUCAUUUGCCCAGCCCUCGCAGGAGCCAAUGGUAUUACAGUGCCUGAGGAGGGCCUGAUUCUUCACAGGGCACGGACCCAUCACCGCCCACGGGACCAAUUUUCUGGUCUCCCAGCCAUGUAGAGAAGCCCUCACCCUCUCAGCUGCCACAGUCAGGACCUCCUGGCUGAGUAUAAGCCCUCCUUCCCUUUGGUUAUAUAAGCUGCCUCUUUCACUACCAUUUUUGGCCUCCACUCCAGCUGUCCACUAGGUUGUGGGUUUUGUAGCUCCUCAGCUUGUCCGUGUGGGGAAGAUCUAAUGUCAGGCAGCUACUGUUAUACAGCUGCCAGCCAAGACAAAAGUGUGAAAAGAUGAUGGGUGGCAAACCCGCUCCUUCACCAUCAAAAUGACAGUAUUGAUUCUGUUAACACCGGUUGGCACCAGAUGUUAUGAACACAGGGUGAGGCCAACAGAACCCACCAGGGUGUAAGAGGAGGAGGGAGUGAAUACUGAACCAGGUUUACCUGAGUGUCCAGGUUGAAUGGGGACAAUAGUGUUUUAAAGUUUCCUGGUCUCAGGAUGCCUUUAGAUCCUGAAAAUUUAUUAAGGACCCUGGAGAGCAUUUGUUUAUUUGGGUUCAUAUCUGUUAAUAUAUGUGGCACUUGGCUCAGCACCUGUAGCACAGUGGUUAUGGUGCCAGCCACAUACACCGAGGCUGGCAGGUUCGAACCCAGCCUGGGCCAGCUAAAGCAACAAUGACAACUGCAACAAAAAGUAGCCAGGCAUUGUGAUGGGCACCUGUUGUCCCAGCUACUUGGGAGGAUGAGGCAAGAGAAUCGCUUAAGCCCAAGUGUUUGAGGUUGCUGUGAGCUUGACACCAUGGCACUCUACCAAGGGCAACAUAGUGAGACUCUGUCUCUAAAAAAAAAAAUAUAUAUAUAUAUAUAUUUGUGGCACUUGAGAUUGAAACUUAGAAAGUUUUAAUGAGCUCCUAAUUGAUAUUAAUAACAUUAAUAACAAAUUAUAAGUUAAUAGUUGAAGCAUAUUUUAUGAAAAAUAUUGUUUCCAAAGCAAGAUAAGUUUAUUGAGAAGUGUGACUUUGUUUAAUGUUUUAUAAAUCUAAAGUCUGACUUAAUAGAGAUGUCUAUAUCUCAUAUCCACUUUUGUAUUCAGUCCAUUGGAAUAUCACAGGUCAUAUAGUCUCACGAAAAGUUUACUAAACCCUAAUGAGAGAAUGAGAUUAAAAACAAUAAAUAAUGUCUUAAUUUCAUCAUGGAAAUAUUAACCCUGAGCACCCAUUAAAGUAUAUGAGAGAUACCCUCCACCACCACCCAGGAAUUCCCAGAUCAUAUUUGAGAAGUGUGAUAGAGGACCCUGAAGGUAAAUCAGUGUGAUGGUUCAUUUUAGAUGUCAAGUUUACAGGAUUUAUGAGUAGAUAGACCACUGGUGAAAUGCUGUUUCUGUGUGUGUUUGUGAGGGUGUUUCCAAAAGAAAUUCUAAGCCUGUCUCACUGGUCUAAGUGAGAAAGAUCUGCCCUCAAUGUCAGUGGGUACCAUCCAGUCACCUGGGAGUCCUAUAGAACAAAAUAUCAGAAGAAAGAGGAUCUCUCUUUCUCUCCCCCAACCCCUCACCCUAUCCCACAGAACUGGGGCAGUCACUUUUUGUCCCUGCACAUCAGAAAUCCAGGCUCUCUUGUAUUCGGACUUCAGGACUUGCUCCAGCAGCUUCCCAUAUUCUCAGGCCUUUGGCAUUGGACCUGAGAGUUACACCAUCAGUUUGUUUGGCUUUGAGGCUUUCAGACAUGAACUGAGUCAUUUUACUAUCUCCUUGCAUAUGGUCUAUCAUGGAACUUCUCAACUUUUCAGCCUCCAUAAACAUGUGACCUGAUUCUUCUAAUAAACACCUUUCACCUAAUCCUAUCUAUUUAUUAUUAUCUAUAUGUAUAUAUCUACAUCUCCUAUUGAUUCUGUCUCUCUGGAGAUCCCUGACUAAUCUAAUCAGGCAUUUAAAAUGCUGGCUUAAAUGGUAGUAUUUUGGAUUUUGGGCAAUUCACCCAAUCCAGUUGGAAAACUGGACUGAAAAAAAAUGGAAAUAGUCCACAAUUAUAUUGCUGCAACUACAUAUGAAAACAUUAUGGAAAAAAUUGGGAACAUGCUUAAGUACCUGAUUUGUAAAGAUAGAAGACACAGUUGUCUAUUUUUUUUUUUUUUUUUUGUAGAGACAGAGUUUCACUUUAUGGCCCUCGGUAGAGUGCCAUGGCAUCACACAGCUCACAGCAAUCUCCAACUCCUGGGCUUAAGCAAUUCUCUUGCCUCAGCCUCCCAAGUAGCUGGGACUACAGGCGCCCACCACAGCGCCCGGCUAUUUUUUUGUUGCAGUUCAGCCAGGGCCGGGUUUGAACCCGCCACCCUCAGUAUAUGGGGCCGGCGCCUUACCGACUGAGCCAUAGGUGCCGCCCUCACAGUUGUCUAUGUUUAUGUGUACAUCUUAGUCUGUUCCGGCAGCCAUGACAAAAUUGCCAAGAAUGGAUGGUUUAUAAACAACAGAAAUUUAUUUCUUACAGUUCUGGAGGCUAUAAAUUCUAAGAUCAGAGUUGCCUCAUGGUGGCAAGAUGGCUGUUGCACCUCCAGGUCCAAGCUCCAGACUUGAGACAAGAGGAAAGAGGAAGAAGGGAGAGUAUUAAGAGUCUCCCAUCUGGAUGGCACCUGUAGCUCAAGGAGUAGGGCGCCGGUCCCAUAUGCCGGAGGUGGCGGGUUCAAACCCAGCCCUGGCCAAAAAACCACAAAAAAAAAAAAAAAAAAGAGUCUCCCAUUUGUUUUAGCCUCCCAUUUUAGAAUCUCUCUGAGAAGCACAACUUCUACCCUGAAGGCCUGGACUCAAACUUAGUCCCUUGGCUUGCCCUAUAUAAGAGGGAUGGACACGUUGCAGUAACAACAAAAUGGAUGUUAUUACUGAGAAAAGUGAGUCUAGAUAUUGUACAAUCAGCCUGCUCUACCACAAAACUUAAAACUGUUGUAAUAUAAUUGAUUCAUAUCUGCAAAGCUUACAGCUGAGUUCUGGGAGCUUCAAUUACUUUAGGGGUCUGUUUUAUGAUGUAAAUAAAGCAUGGGCCUUUAUUUUGGG